CAACACAAGAGACACACAGAGUAGUUGAUUCAGUUGUUUGUCAUUGAUCAACGGAAGGGGGUUAUCGACACUACAAAGUCCAAAGUAGAGUGAAAUUAUUUUAAAAUAAAACCCCGUGUGCUGUUGAAGACACGAAAAUGAAUCCUCUUACACAAAUUGCCCGUGCCUCGCGCCCUCUCUACAGGAAGCUGUCCACCUCGACUCCGGCUUCUGCUGCAGUGAAGCCUAUCCUCACUACUGGGGUCAACUUUGAACUGAGCGAUGAGCAGCAAGCCCUUCAGGACUUGGCCCGCAAGUUCACGAAGGAGGAGAUCAUCCCGGUGGCGGCGCAGUACGACAAGACCGGCGAGUACCCCUGGCCCGUGGUCAAGAAGGCAUGGAGCGUCGGCCUCAUGAAUGGUCACAUCCCUGAACACUGCGGUGGUACUGGUGGUCUUGGAGUGUUUGAGGAAUGUCUGGUGGGCGAGGCGAUGGCAUUCGGCUGCUCGGGCAUUUCCACAGCUGUCAGUACAGCCACUAACUUAGCCCAAACCCCGGUCAUUCUUGCUGGAACCAAGGAACAGCAGAAGAAAUACUUGGGCAGGCUUAUCGAUGAGCCAUUGGUUGCCGCCUACGGUGUGACUGAGCCGGGCGCAGGGUCCGAUGUGGCUGGCAUCAAGACCAGAGCCGAGAAGAAGGGAGACGAAUGGAUCCUCAACGGACAGAAGAUGUGGAUCACCAACGGUGGAGUCGCCAACUGGUACUUCGUGCUAGCUCGCACCAACCCCGACCCGAAGGCGCCGGCCAGCAAGGCCUUCACCGGCUUCAUCGUCGAGCGCGAGUGGGCCGGAGUCACGCCCGGACGCAAGGAGCAAAACAUGGGCCAGCGUGCUUCAGACACUCGCGGGAUCACCUUCGAGGAUGUCCGCAUUCCCAAGGAGAACGUGCUGAUCGGUGAAGGAGCCGGCUUCAAGAUCGCCAUGGGAGCCUUCGACAAGACUAGGCCUCCGGUAGCAGCCGGCGCGACCGGCCUCGCCAACCGUUGCCUCUACGAAGCGUCCAAGUACGCGCUCGAACGCAAGACUUUCGGCGUGCCCAUCGCCACGCACCAGGCCGUGGCGUUCAUGCUGGCCGACAUGGCCAUGGGCGUGGAGACCUCGCGCAUGGCGUGGCGCCAGGCCGCCUGGAUGGUCGACCACGGUCGCAACAACACCAUGAUGGCAUCAGUGGCCAAGUGCCACGCUUCAGAGGUCGCCAACCGCUCCGCUUCCGACGCCGUCCAAGUGUUUGGAGGCAACGGCUUCAACACCGAUUACCCCGUGGAGAAACUGAUGCGAGACGCCAAGAUCUAUCAGAUCUACGAGGGAACCUCCCAGAUCCAGAGACUCAUCAUUUCUAGGGAGCUCCUUAGGGAGGCUAAGAACAGCGCUUAAGGGCGGUUUAAGAUCGGCGGAAGAUUGAGGGCUUAUGCUUGUGCUUGAGAUUGAUACAGUCGACUCCGUAAAUGUAUUUGUAUAAGUACUGUUGGCUAAACCUAACUGUACAGUUAUACACAGGGAAUUUUUAUAAACUUCAUGACUGUACUAUAUUUCGACAAUGACCUGUUUGAGCGUUCCAGACAGCGUUUUAAAUUAUGUUAAUACUCAUACGGUUCUACAUAAUACCUACAUACAAUCCAAGAUACUUCAAGCAUAAGAAAUGUGUGUAUUUGAUUCGUAAUCCUCAAAGCCCUCAACUUUCAUGCACAAUAAAUGUACGUAUGUAAGCAUGUUCAAAAAGAUUUCUUUAGAUAAGCAAAUAUUAUACCUAUACACCCUUUUUAUAAUCAAGAUACCUGUAUUAAAAACUUAGAUAAGAUUAAUUCAAUUUUGAAAGCGCUUUACAAUUUUACAAAGCUAUACACAUACAGUAACUCAUUAAAAUUAUUGUAUUUCAUAAGAAUAUUGUAGUUUUUGAAAAAUUUUUACCAAUGGUGGUGUGGUUGUAAUAUGUAUUGUUUAUAACUAUUUUAUUUUAUUGCCAAGUUAAAUAAAAAUUAUAUACUUCACUGAAAAA